AUGUCAUCACCUUCAAAAACUACCAAAGAAAAAAAAACAACAACUCGCAGUGCAAUUGCUGAUGUUGUAACUAGAGACUAUACAAUCCAUUUACAUAAAGCUGUUCAUGGCAGAACUUUCAAGAAACGUGCACCACAUGCAGUAAAAUCAAUAAAAAAAUUUGUAAAUUCUCAUAUGGGAACUAAAGAUGUUCGACUCGAUCCUUUAUUAAAUAAAGAAAUUUGGAAACAAGGUGUUAGAAAUGUUCCUCGUCGUAUGCGCCUUCGUCUUUCACGACGUCGUAAUGAUGAAGAGGAUGCUAAGGAAAAAUUGUAUACUUAUGUUACAUAUGUUCCUGUUCCAACAUUUAAAGGUCUUCAAACCCAAGUAGUUGACGAGUAA